GCUUCUACGACGCCGGGAAGCCGCUAUCGCAGCCGCUACCUCGGUCACCACCGCCUCAGAUCCCUUCAUGCGGCUUUGAGCCCCGAGGCCGAGCAUGCGGACCAGGCUUCCCCCAGCGCUCGCCGCCCUGGGCGCGGCCCUGCUCCUGUCUUCCAUUGAGGCAGAAGUUGACCCACCUUCAGACUUGAAUUUUAAAAUUAUAGAUGAAAAUACUGUUCAUAUGUCAUGGGCAAGACCACCUGAUCCAAUUGUGGGUUUCAAAAUAACAGUGGACUCCACAACGGAUGGGCCCACUAGGGAAUUUACCCUUGCAGCUAGUACCACUGAAACUUUAUUAACAGAGCUCAUACCUGAAAUAGAGUAUGUGGUGACAAUCACUUCAUAUGAUGAAGUAGAAGAAAGUGUACCAGUUAUAGGCCAAUUAACAAUUCAAACAGGUGGCCCGAUAAAGCCAGGGGAGAAGAAACCUGGAAAAACAGAGAUACAAAAAUGCUCUGUCAGUGCCUGGACUGAUUUAGUGUUCCUUGUGGAUGGCUCAUGGAGUGUGGGAAGAAAUAAUUUCAAGUACAUUUUAGACUUCAUUGCUGCUCUUGUGUCUGCUUUUGACGUUGGGGAAGAGAAGACAAGGGUUGGAGUUGUUCAGUACAGCUCUGACACCAGGACGGAAUUUAACUUAAAUCAGUACUACCAACGGGAUGAGCUACUUGCUGCAAUAAAAAAAAUCCCAUACAAAGGUGGCAACACGAUGACAGGGGAAGCCAUUGAUUACUUAAUUAAAAAUACUUUCACGGAAUCUGCUGGAUCAAGAGUUGGCUUUCCCAAAGUGGCAAUUAUUAUUACCGAUGGCAAAUCCCAGGACGAAGUGGAAAUUCCAGCAAGGGAGCUUCGCAGUAUUGGGGUUGAAGUGUUCUCUUUGGGCAUUAAAGCCGCAGAUGCAAAAGAACUCAAACAAAUCGCCUCCACACCUUCCCUAAAUCACGUUUUCAACGUGGCCAACUUCGACGCGAUUGUGGACAUUCAGAACGAGAUCAUCUCCCAGGUGUGCUCAGGUGUGGACGACCAGCUUGGGGAAUUGGUCAGUGGAGAAGAAGUUGUUGAACCUCCUUCAAAUUUGAUUGCCACGGAAGUCUCAUCAAAAUACGUUAAGCUAAGUUGGAAUCCAUCUCCUAGCCCAGUGACUGGCUAUAAAGUUCUCCUUACACCCAUGACCGCAGGAAGCCGACAGCAUGCUCUGAGUGUGGGUCCUCAGACGACCACACUCAAUGUUCGUGACCUCUCAGCAGACACAGCAUACCAGAUCAGCGUUUCUGCCAUGAAGGGACUGACAUCCAGUGAACCAGUUUCAAUAAUGGAGAAGACUCAGCCAAUGAAAAUUCAAGUGGAAUGCUCACGUGGUGUGGAUAUAAAAGCCGAUAUUGUGUUUUUGGUUGAUGGUUCCUAUAGCAUUGGGAUUGCAAACUUUGUUAAAGUUAGAGCCUUUUUGGAAGUUCUCGUCAAAAGUUUUGAGAUUUCACCGAAUAGGGUACAGAUCAGUCUUGUCCAGUACAGCCGGGAUCCUCAUACUGAGUUCACAUUGAAAAAAUUCACCAAAGUUGAAGAUAUAAUCGAAGCAAUAAACACCUUCCCCUACAGAGGAGGAUCUACCAACACUGGGAAAGCAAUGACUUACGUUAGAGAGAAAAUAUUUGUGCCGAGCAAGGGUUCAAGAAGCGACGUCCCAAAGGUCAUGAUUCUUAUCACGGAUGGAAAAUCUUCCGAUGCUUUCAGAGACCCAGCUAUAAAACUAAGGAAUUCAGAUGUUGAAAUCUUUGCAGUUGGUGUGAAGGAUGCUGUUCGCUCAGAAUUAGAAGCCAUUGCCUCUCCUCCUGCCGAGACCCAUGUGUUCACAGUGGAAGAUUUUGAUGCUUUUCAGAGGAUAUCUUUUGAACUCACACAGUCUAUCUGUCUUAGAAUUGAGCAAGAAUUGGCAGCUAUAAAGAAAAAAGCUUAUGUGCCUCCAAAGGACCUUAGUUUUUCUGAGGUGACUUCCUACAGUUUGAAAACCAGUUGGUCUCCUUCUGGAGAAAAUGUUUUUUCAUACCACAUCACCUACAAGGAGGCUACUGGGGAUGGUGAGGUGACAGUGGUGGAGCCAGCCUCGAGCACCAGUGUCGUUCUCAGCAACUUGAAGCCAGAGACCCUGUACCUGGUCAACGUGACCGCGGAAUACGAGGAUGGCUUCAGUACACCCUUAGCUGGAGAGGAGACCACCGCAGAAGUAAAAGGAGCACCUCGAAACCUAAAGGUGACAGAUGAGACUACAGAUAGCUUUAAAAUUACCUGGACUCAGGCUCCGGGGAGAGUCUUGAGGUAUCGAAUUAUCUAUAGACCAGUUGCUGGUGGAGAAAGCAAAGAGGUUACCAGCCCAGCCAAUCAGAGGAGGAGAACGCUGGAGAACCUGACUCCAGACACAAAAUAUGAAGUAUCUGUAAUUCCUGAAUAUUUCUCAGGAUCUGGCUCUCCGUUGACUGGAAAUGCAGCCACUGAAGAAGUUAGAGGGAACCCAAGAGAUUUAAGAGUUUCUGACCCUACGACAUCAACUAUGAAAUUAUCUUGGACUGGGGCACCAGGAAAAGUGAAACGGUAUCUCGUCACAUACACCCCCGUGGCAGGAGGCGAGACUCAAGAGGUCACUGUGAAGGGAGACACAGCCAAUACUGUCCUGAGAGGAUUAAACGAAGGGACACAGUAUGCCUUAUCUGUGACAGCCUUGUAUGCGUCCGGGGCUGGAGAUGCCCUCUUUGGAGAAGGGGCAACGCUUGAAGAGCGUGGUUCACCUCAGCAUUUGAUUACUAAAGAUAUCACCGACACAUCGAUUGGCGCUUACUGGACGUCUGCUCCAGGAAUGGUUCGCGGUUACAGGGUCUCUUGGAAAUCGAUGUAUGAUGAUAUUGAGGCUGGAGAGAAGAGUCUUCCUGGAGAUGCAAUUCAUACUAUCAUAGAAAAUUUGCAGCCAGAGACCAAAUACAGAGUUUCAGUAUUUGCAAUUUACAGUAGCGGAGAAGGAGAACCUUUGAGUGGAGAAGCCACAACUGAAUUAUCCGAUGAUUCGAAAACCUUGAAAGUGGAUGAAGAAACAGAAAACACAAUGAGAGUUACCUGGAAACCAGCACCUGGGAAAGUUGUCAACUACCGUGUUGUGUAUCGCCCCCGUGUGGGCGGGAGACAGAUGGUUGCCAAGGUGUCACCCACUGUCACCUCAACAAUGUUAAAGCGACUUCAGCCCCAGACCACGUAUGACAUCACAGUUCUCCCAGUUUACAAGACAGGAGAAGGAAAGCUUAGGCAAGGUUCAGGAACAACAGCUUCUCGAUUUAAAUCACCCAGAAACCUCAAAACAUCUGACCCAACCAUGUCAAGCUUCCGGGUGACUUGGGAGCCUGCACCUGGGGAGGUCAAGGGUUACAAAGUCACAUUUCACCCCACGGGAGACGACAGAAGACUGGGGGAGUUAGUGGUUGGACCAUAUGACAACACAGUUGUUUUGGAGGAACUUAGGGCAGGUACCACCUAUAAAGUAAAUGUUUUUGGAAUGUUUGAUGGAGGAGAAAGUUCACCACUUGUUGGACAAGAAAUGACAACUCUCUCUGACACAACUGUAAUGCCAGUUUUAUCCUCUGGGAUGGAGUGUCUCACCAGGGCUGAAGCAGACAUCGUGCUGCUGGUGGAUGGGUCGUGGAGCAUCGGCCGGGCGAAUUUUAGAACCGUGAGGAGCUUCAUCUCCCGUAUCGUGGAAGUCUUUGAGAUUGGCCCCAAAAGAGUACAGAUUGCCCUUGCUCAGUAUAGCGGGGACCCCAGAACAGAGUGGCAGUUAAAUGCUCACAAAGACAAGAAGAGCUUGUUGCAGGCUGUGGCAAACCUACCUUACAAAGGAGGCAAUACCCUCACAGGCAUGGCUUUGAAUUUCAUUCGCCAGCAGAGCUUCAAGACCCAAGCUGGCAUGAGGCCUCGAGCUCGAAAAAUCGGCGUUCUCAUCACUGACGGAAAAUCACAAGAUGAUGUUGAGGCACCUUCAAAAAAACUCAAGGAUGAGGGCGUGGAACUGUUUGCUGUUGGUAUUAAGAAUGCUGAUGAAGUUGAGUUAAAGAUGAUUGCGACAGAUCCCGAUGAUACCCACGCAUACAAUGUGGCGGAUUUCGAGUCCCUCUCCAGGAUCGUGGAUGACCUCAUCGUCAACUUGUGUAACAGCGUCAAAGGUCCAGGUGACUUGGAAGCACCUUCCAACCUAGUUAUUUCUGAGCAGACCCAUCGUUCUAUGAGAGUGAGCUGGACACCUCCUUCUGACAGUGUGGAUAGGUAUAAGGUGGAAUACUACCCAGUUUCUGGAGGGAAACGGCAAGAAUUUUAUGUGAGCCGAUUGGAAAGUAGCGCAGUACUGAAAGAUCUGAAGCCUGAAACUGAGUAUGUUGUUAACGUGUAUUCUGUGGUAGAAGAUGAAUACAGUGAACCUCUGAAGGGCACAGAAAAAACCUUGCCGGUGCCCGUGGUCAGCCUGACCAUUUACGACAUUGGCUCGACCACCAUGCACGUGAAGUGGCAGCCAGUCGGGGGCGCCACUGGCUACGCCUUGUCCUACGAACCCAUCAACGCCACAGAGCCGACCAAACCCAAAGAGAUGCGCAUGGAACCGACAGUGACCGAUGUGCAGCUGAGUGACCUCUUCCCCAAUACUGAGUACGCGGUCACGGUCCAGGCCGCCCUUCACGACCUCACCAGCGACCCCUUCACUGCGAGGGAGGUCACCUUGCCUUUGCCCAGUCCUCGAGAUCUGAAACUCAGAGAUGUGACUCACAGCACCAUGAACGUCUUAUGGGAACCUGCACCUGGAAAAGUGCGUAAAUACAUUGUUCGCUACAAAACACCGGAAGAGGAUGCCAAAGAGGUAGAGGUGGACAGGUCAUGGGCCAGCACACCUCUUAAAGACCUCUUCUCACAAACCCGGUACACAGUCAGCGUGUCUGCGGUGUAUGAUGAAGGGGAGUCUCCCCCAGCGACUGCUCAGGAAACCACCCGCACUGUACCAGCCCCAGCAAACCUACAGAUUACUGAAGUAACACCAGAGAGCUUCAGAGGGACUUGGGAUCACGGAGCUUCGGAUGUGUCUCUCUACAGAAUCACCUGGGCACCUUCCGGAAGCACAGAUAAGAUGGAGACCAUCCUAAAUGGAGAUGAGAAUACUUUGGUGUUUGAAAACCUGAACCCGAACACUCUCUAUGAAGUUUCUAUUACUGCCAUUUAUCCCGAUGAGUCAGAAAGCGAUGACCUGACUGGCAGCGAGCGCACAAUGCGUUUGAUACCCUUAACAACACAAGCUCCAAAAAGUGGCCCACGGAACCUUCAGGUGUACAAUGCAACUUCUAACAGCUUGACUGUUAAGUGGGAUCCUGCUAGCGGUCGUGUGCAGAAAUACAGAAUCACCUAUCAGCCUUCCGCAGGGGAAGGCAAUGAACAAACGACCAUGGUAGGAGGACGGCAAAACAGUGUGCUCCUACAGAAGCUGAAGCCCGACACUCCUUACACAAUCACUGUGUCCUCCCUGUAUCCAGAUGGUGAAGGCGGUCGCAUGACAGGAAGGGGCAAGACCAAACCUUUGAAUACCGUGAGGAACCUGAGAGUGUACGACCCUUCCACCAGCACUUUGAACGUUCGCUGGGACCACGCAGAGGGCAGUCCUCGCCAGUACAAGCUCUUCUACGCACCCACAGCAGGCGGUCCGGAGGAACUGGUUCCAAUCCCUGGGAAUACCAAUUAUGCCAUUCUUAGGAAUCUGCAGCCAGAUACCGCAUACACUGUUACAGUAGUUCCCGUGUAUUCUGAAGGUGAUGGAGGACGCACAUCAGAUACUGGAAGGACAUUGGUGAGAGGGCUGGCAAGAAACGUCCAAGUGUACAAUCCAACGCCAAACAGCCUGGACGUUCGCUGGGGCUCGGCGCCGGGGCCGGUGCAGCAGUACCGCGUCGUGUAUUCGCCCCUGGCUGGCCAGAGACCCUCGGAAUCUAUCGUGGUGCCAGGAAACACCCGCACGGUGCACUUGGAGCGGCUGAUUCCGGACACACCCUAUUCCGUGAACAUCGUUGCCCUCUACUCCGAUGCAGAGGGGACUCCCAGCCCCGCCCAGGGCCGCACGUUGCCACGAAGUGGACCAAGAAAUCUGAGAGUCUUUGGGGAGACAACCAACAGCCUCUCGGUAGCCUGGGACCACGCUGAUGGGCCGGUUCAGCAAUACAGGAUCAUUUAUUCUCCCACCGUUGGUGACCCAAUUGAUGAAUAUACCACUGUCCCAGGCAGAAGAAACAAUGUAAUGCUACAGCCCCUGCAAUCUGAUACCCCAUAUAAAAUUACUGUUAUUGCUGUUUAUGAAGAUGGAGAUGGUACCCAUUUGACAGGAAAUGGAAGAACUGUGGGAUUACUUCCUCCUCAGAACAUACACAUCUCAGAUGAAUGGUAUACGAGAUUCAGAGUGUCCUGGGAUCCUUCACCGUCUCCCGUUCUUGGAUAUAAAAUUGUGUAUAAGCCAGUGGGUUCCAAUGAGCCCAUGGAGGUCUUUGUUGGAGAAAUGACAUCGUACACGUUGCACAAUCUCAGCCCCAGCACCACCUAUGACGUGAACGUUUACGCGCAGUAUGAUUCUGGUCUCAGUGUCCCUCUGACGGACCAAGGCACUACCUUAUAUUUGAAUGUGACAGAUCUGAAAACUCACCAGGUCGGGUGGGAUACAUUCUGUGUUAGAUGGUCAGCUCACCGGGCAGCCACUUCCUACAGGCUAAAACUAAGCCCUGCAGAUGGAACAAGAGGACAGGAAAUUACAGUGCGUGGAUCAGAAACCAGUCACUGUUUCACCGGCCUGUCACCAGACACUGAUUAUGGCGUCACUGUCUUUGUGCAGACACCAAAUCUUGAGGGACCAGGUGUCUCUGUCAAAGAACAUACUACUGUAAAACCAACAGAAGCUCCUACAGAGCCGCCUACACCUCCUCCCCCUCCCACGAUUCCACCAGCCCGGGAAGUGUGCAAAGGGGCCAAGGCAGAUAUUGUAUUCUUGACUGAUGCCUCCUGGAGUAUCGGGGAUGAUAAUUUUAACAAAGUUGUAAAAUUCAUCUUCAAUACUGUGGGAGCCUUUGAUGAAAUCAGUCCUGCUGGAAUUCAGGUCUCAUUUGUGCAGUACAGCGACGAGGUCAAGUCUGAGUUUAAGCUGAACACGUACAACGACAAGGCCCUGGCCCUCGGGGCCCUCCAGAAUAUCCGGUACAGAGGAGGAAACACAAGAACAGGCAAAGCUCUCACAUUUAUCAAGGAGAAGGUCUUGACCUGGGAGAGUGGUAUGAGGAAGAGUGUCCCCAAGGUGCUGGUCGUGGUCACAGACGGUCGGUCACAGGACGAGGUCAAGAAGGCAGCUUUGGUCAUCCAACAGUCAGGGUUCAGUGUCUUUGUAGUUGGCGUGGCUGACGUCGACUACAACGAACUUGCCAACAUAGCCAGCAAACCUAGCGAGCGGCACGUGUUCAUUGUGGACGACUUUGAAUCUUUUGAGAAGAUAGAGGACAACCUCAUCACAUUCGUCUGUGAAACUGCCACUUCAAGUUGUCCUCUCAUUUAUUUGGAUGGCUACACCUCACCAGGUUUUAAGAUGCUUGAAGCAUACAACCUGACAGAAAAGAAUUUUGCUUUUGUGCAAGGAGUCUCUUUGGAGUCAGGGUCUUUUCCCAGCCACUCGUCUUACAGGCUUCAGAAGAACGCCUUUGUGAAUCAGCCUACAGCAGAUCUACAUCCCAAUGGCCUCCCCACUUCGUAUACGAUUAUAUUACUAUUCAGACUUCUCCCAGAAACUCCCAAUGACCCUUUCGCAAUUUGGCAGAUCACAGACAGAGACUACAAACCACAAGUUGGGGUGAUAGCAGAUCCUUCUAGCAAGACAUUAUCAUUCUUUAACAAGGAUACAAGGGGUGAGGUACAAACUAUUACAUUUGACACAGAGGAAGUGAAGACAUUAUUCUAUGGAAGUUUUCAUAAGGUUCAUAUCGUAGUGACCUCCAAAAGUGUUAAGAUUUACAUUGACUGCUAUGAAAUUAUAGAGAAGGACAUCAGGGAAGCUGGAAAUAUCACAACUGAUGGUUAUGAAAUUCUUGGAAAACUACUUAAAGGGGAGAGGAAAUCAGCCACGUUCCAAAUCCAGAAUUUUGAUAUUGUCUGCAGUCCAGUGUGGACCAGUAGAGACAGAUGCUGUGAUAUUCCUUCCAGGAGAGAUGAAGCAAAAUGCCCCAGUCUUCCAAAUGCUUGCACGUGUACGCAGGACAGCAUUGGACCUCCAGGACCACCAGGCCCUGCGGGAGGACCUGGUGCUAAAGGUCCCAGAGGUGAAAGAGGUAUCAGUGGGGCAAUUGGCCCCCCUGGUCCUCGUGGAGAUUCAGGUCCUCCUGGUCCCCAGGGUCCGCCAGGCCCCCAGGGACCCAACGGCCUCUCUAUUCCAGGAGAACAAGGUCGCCAGGGCAUGAAGGGCGAUGCUGGAGAGCCGGGACUUCCAGGCCGGACGGGAACCCCAGGAUUACCUGGCCCACCAGGACCAAUGGGCCCUCCAGGAGACAGAGGCUUUACUGGAAAAGAUGGAGCAAUGGGACCUAGGGGCCCCCCUGGGCCACCGGGAAGCCCAGGCUCUCCAGGAGUCACAGGACCGAGUGGGAAACCAGGAAAACCCGGAGACCACGGCAGACCAGGUCCAUCGGGAUUGAAAGGAGAGAAAGGUGAUAGAGGAGACAUUGCUUCCCAGAACAUGAUGCGAGCAGUUGCAAGACAAGUCUGUGAACAACUGAUAAGUGGUCAGAUGAGCAGAUUCAAUCAGAUGCUGAAUCAGAUUCCAAACGACUACCACUCUAAUCGCAACCAACCAGGCCCGCCGGGUCCUCCAGGGCCCCCUGGCAGCGCAGGAGCCAGAGGAGAACCAGGGCCUGGGGGGCGGCCAGGCUUCCCGGGCACACCAGGGAUGCAGGGACCCCCGGGCGAACGAGGUUUGCCGGGAGAGAAAGGCGAAAGGGGUAUUGGAUCUCCAGGACCUCGAGGGCUGCCUGGCCCCUCAGGUCCACAAGGAGAAUCCAGAACGGGUCCACCAGGGUCCACAGGUUCAAGAGGUCCUCCAGGUCCCCCUGGUCGUCCUGGAAACUCAGGUGUCCGAGGCCCGCCAGGUCCUCCUGGAUACUGUGACUCUUCCCAGUGUGCUAGCAUCCCAUACAAUGGACAAGGCUACCCAGAGCCCUACGUGCCCGAGGGCGGGGCCUACCUGCCUGAGCGCGAGCCCUUCAUCGUGCCGGUGGAGCCCGAGCGGACGGCGGACGAGUACGAGGACUAUGGCGCCGACGAGCCCGCCGAGGAGCGUCCUCCCCAUGAGCGCUGGCGGCGCGCCCUGCUCCGCGGCCCCCGGCAGUGAAGCUGACACCUGGCGCGCGCGCGCGCGCAGCACGGCCAGGCUGGGGGGAGGUGUUGGGAUUCUCAUUUACAGGUCAGACGGAGCAGUGUACGUGUUAUCUGUCACGUUUCUUCCGGCGUUGCUUCAUCCGAGAGUACCCUUUCUGGCUGUAGAGAACCUUGUUCCUGCAGGAAGCCUAGCUCGCUGCACGCAGUCUGUAGAAGUCUUUGCCUUUGCCCUUGAAGUGCUUGCGAAAUACUUUGUUCACAAAAGCUGCAGGGAGAGAACGCGCCUUGUGCCUUUAGGUAGCACAGCGGGAAGCCUCAAUGAAACUCUUAGGUUAAGCAGUUAAGUCCUGGAACCCAGAACGACUGUGUAUUUCGAGAGGGCAGUUUAUCUUUUCCAAGGCUUAUUUGCAGUUCAGUUACAUCCCGAUCCAAGCAGUUCCCCUCCUAAAACCAAAAAAGAGGGAAAAGUCAACUCUGUUGCGACUAUUUAUCUUCCUCUUCUAUCUUCUGUUAUACAUUAGGGCAUAGUAUGCUCUUAUACAUCUCCUUUAACAACCACAAACCUUAAGCCAUGUAGCUGAAAUUAUUGUAUCAACUGGAUACAGUUCCAUAUUGCCUUAAACCUCCUUGUUUUAGACACGCUAACAUUUAUACCAAAUUGCAGAUUAUUCUGCAGAGAUGGAAUUGCAUGUUUGUGUUGUACAUUUAGUAUGAACUUUUUUUUCCCAGAACAUAAUGUUUCUUAGUUAUCAAAAGCAGUUGGAAAAUGUUUGCAAGACUAUGAACAUAGAAUUGCUGCUUUUAUAUUUUAACUGCAGAUUGUGAAUUUCACUGCCUUAUAUUAUUUAUUUCUGAAACAAAAGAGGCAUUUUUCAAUAAAACUACUGAAAAUUUGA